UCGUCCCGUAUCUCCUUUACGCAGUAUUCAGCUACUGCUUCGCCGCAGGCAAUAGCAGCAGUAGUAGCUAGUGUUCACGGUUUGUUUUGUUACGGGCGGGCUCCGCCGUGAGUUAUCCCGUCGGUACCACAACCGUACCACAUAUUUAAUUGUGGUGAGCUUUACGGUGCGGAGACUCGAUUUGUUCAAAUUUCUGUCAAUUAAUUGUUGCUGUCAGUGUGUUACAUCGGCUUUAAUAAUUGCCCGUUCGACUUUUUCAUAAGCGGCAAAACAUUUUCCAUUCGAUGCUUUUCUUUCGCCCCGCCCCCCUUCCUUGUCUUCUCAGCGUUUCUACUCUGUGCUACUGCCUGGCGGCUGAUAGUGGCGAAGCUUGCGGUCGAAGGGUUACUGUGUGCGGUGUGCGUGCGGAUGCGCCGUGUGCCGGAUGCACAGGGUGUUGUGUGUCUGGCUGCUAUGGCUGUCGCGGUAUUUCACUCUGUCUCUCCCUCUAGAAAGCCUGAUGUGUGCCUAUGUCGGUGUGAUGGCGCCCCUGCUGCUAGUGCUGCUGGUGCAAUGUCGUGUACUAAGUGCUCCUGGCUGCUUGCUGCGAAAGGAGUGUGAUCUGAACUGAAGUGAGUGGCUGGGCAAGCGGGUGGGAGAGCCAAAUCGGUUGUGGCGAGUAGCAGCGGGCCGGUACGACUGCUGCUCUGGUGCCGUAUGUCUGUCUGUUUGACUGUCCGCCACCGCCGACAACGACGAGUGUUCCGCGCAUGUGCGCUCUCGGCCUGCUCGCCAGCAGUUCAACCCUGUGGUGCGACGGGCGCUGCUGCCGAUUGCUGCGACCACGACCACGACUGUCGUUGUCGUUGCCCCCGCUAGCGCUGGUGGAGCCCAUCGCCGUUUCUACUGGCUGGCUUGACUGGUUGACUCGACCACUCGCUCAACACGGUUCCUCACUCGCUGCCUGAUAAUAGCAACGGCACUGUCAUAAUCACCAGCUAGACCCACAACUGGGUCAGCAGAUGAAUGCUGCUCUACGAUCAUAAUCAUCUCCACCGUCACUGCGAAAGCAAUGACAAGCAGACGGUGAGCAAAAAAGAAGGUUAGUAGAGUCUGAUCGAACCAGUGAUUGAAUCGGUAGUAAGUCCAACAUUGGGCUGUAACGUUAGGCAUUGACUAAUGGGGCAGCGUUAGCUAGCUGGGCCGACCCAGCAACGAGCGAAGCUGGUGAGUUGCCCCGUCACUGCUGCUACUGCCUCUCGACAGAGGAAUGCCUACAGCGGGGCGACUACAAAGAGAGACGACAAGCAAAUUGCUUAGCGCGGAAUCUGCGCUCCUCUUAGUAGUGUAGGAUAAAUAGUGGAUGGGCGCAGAGCGCUUAGAAUCACAUUUAGUGCUGUGGAGUGCCGUGGAGUCGCUGGUGAUGAGAAGCCGAAGAUAUCAGCUAAAAGUCUACACCAGCAACAGCAACCUCCAGCAAUGGAAAGCUCGUAGAAGGUGAGUGGAAGAAGAAGAUAUAAGCGCACAAUCGCUCUGACACUUAAACAGACUGCCCGGGUCGACAUCUCUGGAUUCUGCAAGGCCAUUGAAGGACUUUGUCAAACAAAGGCCGUUCUCAAUAGUCUGCGAGACACGGUUGUGGCAGCCUCACUCUGUGGAUCGCUGGAUUGGUCAAGACAAAAGCCCUAGCAGGAGCAGCAGGCCAGAAUCUCUAUUAAGGUUCCAGAAGGUUUACCCCUGUUUGAUCGGUAUGAAUGUCUAUUGUGCACUAUUUCGCUCAUGCUACAUGUCCCGUUAUUUGGGCAGUGCGUGAAUAGCAUUGCUUAGAGUAGUUUAUUAUAUAAUAUCAAUCAGGUUGUGUGGCAACAGCCUUUCGUUCGGAAGACAGCAUCGAUACGAUGAUAACAACACAACCCCAAUGACGAUAUCUUCAUACCGGUGCUAUGUAAACUGCUCCCUGAAUUUUGAUGAAACUGACGCGAGUGCAAGUGGAGCAGCUUGAAGUGUGACAGGGGCAUACGUGUGCGUCAGCUACGAUUCUUAUAUAUCGUGUAUGGUCUAUAGACGACUCUUUAAAGUAGGAGGAACGGCGGAAUUUAUUCAGCUCAGCCCAUGCGCGUUUCAAGAUUUCAAAAUCACAUCGACAGCAAGGAACACCGUUAUUAGGACUGGCCACACCGAAUCGCUUCAUCGACAUUCGACUAUAAUCGUGAAGGGGGUUGUGUGGUCGGUACAUAUACCAUAGACAGGUAGAAUUGCUGUUUGACAAGCGACCAAGCCAUCAUUGUAAUGCUGCCGUCUAGCCACAAAUAGAUAGAAAGCAAUAUUCUAUCAUAUUCCGGCAGCUGUAGUAAGAACCGUCGGCGUGGAUUGUCUCCUGUGCUAGUGUGCCUUUAAGUGCCAUUAUCCUUUUUCGUUUUGCGCAGUUGUCCGCGCUGUUUUCGUCACAGCCGGUCAGUCAAAGCUAAUCAGUUAGUGACCCAGUGUUUACUAUACAUCAACAAUGUAUGGAAAUGGAAAAAGAAAAGUUGACGAAAUAAAAGCGUGAGAUAAAAUUGACUAGAGGAAAACAAACACAUAAGGGAAAAAUGCCACAGGAAAAGAGUCAGCAAAGUGGCAAUUAAUUGAUCUAUUAUCUUUACUAUGAUAUUCUGCCUGUAGUGGAUCUAAUGCCAGGAGUUCCAUGCAAGUGUGUAAUUGAGUGCCUAUGUAAUGACAAGUGUAUAUCCGCAGAUGGACGUCUCUCUUUUUACAGAUGUAUAUCCAUAAUGACACCACGUCGAUGUAUGUGCCAUUAAGAAGAAAUGAGUGUCAUGCCGGAGCAAUAAUCAGCAGUAAGCUGGUACGAGACAGCUUGAGGUCCCACUAAAAGAGGCAACCAUCAAAACGUGAAAGAAAAACUAACUAAGAAUGCGGCAGCGAUAGGUCGACAUAAGUUUUAUCUUCAUCAUCGUCUUAAAUCAGACGUGUGGCCGACUCGGCGAGUUAUCGUGCUAUGUUUGUCCGGAGCAAAACAACGAGUGCCUGGCUUCGGCUUGCAAAGCCUUCAAUGGAAAGUGGUCCAGCUGGAUCAACAAAUAUUAAUGCUAUUAUUUCACGUAGGACAGCAUUGCCUGCAAUUGCCUACCACGAGAAGAACUACCGUAGCCUACGAAGAAAUAGUAGGACAGAUUGCAUCAGUUACGUAUCAAGUGACAACAUCGAUCAACAGUCCCCUUUUGCGUCCAUUGUUGCGUACCUCAACACUGGAGAAGACAAGCAGUUUCGAAACAUUCUCGAAAACUCGUUACAAAUGCAGCUGCUGCCUUUCAAUUCGCAGUGACAGGUUCCAACCGUCGUGCGAGAGUUCGUCUUAUUUGUAUUCUGUUGCUACUGGCUCAAGUGCAUCUUCCAGCAGACUUGUUCCUCCACGCUAUUCCGUUCCCGCCAUUAGCGAAAGAUUGCAUCCAGUUUCUUUCCAGCCUUUGAGCUCCAGCCAUUAUCGUCAGGCUAAGCCGAAUAGGGCCACAACGCUCUCGGCUAUCGUCGGAGGAUCAUCGCCAUGAACUCGUUGGCACACCACGACGUGCUCGCCUCGGGACUCAUCCGCAAAGAGACCGUUCUCGGCGGACUAGUCAACCCGGUGGUAGACGCGACCCACCAUUCGCAUCAUUCACAGCAGUUAAGCAGACUAGGCAGCGUUGUCGGGGGAGUAGGAGCCGCCAGUGUCGGGGGAGGCGUCACUGGAGGUGGCCGACGGGAUAGUAAUAGCAGCUCGGAGGACUCGGACAUAGUCCGCCUAUUUCCAAAGUGUAAGAGGUCAGCAGCGGCGGGAUCUGCUUCUUCGAAUCAACAACAUAACAACAGUCACAACCACAGCAGUAGUCAGAACCACUGCAACAAUUUGUCGUCUGCUAGCAGCGGCAGCAGUAGUAGAGACAGCAGCAGUGGGAUCGGUAUUGGCUGCGGCUCGAGUGGAAGCAUUGGAACAUCGACAGCGCUAACGUCACCCUCGCCAUCAUCCGGUGGGGGAGGUUUAGGCGAUCGUGGUCCGACAGGCAUCGGGAGCUCAACAGCCGUUACGUACUCUCAACAGCAAACGCAACAACAACAUCAUCAUCUGCAACAACAACACCACAACUUAAAUCAGCAGACGACAAGUUCGACGUCAACAGGGACAGCGAUUGGCGGCAACAACCCUAACAGCCUCAUCAGUAACAGUAAUAAUCACGUACCGUCGGUUGGCAUUAGCAACGGAUUGUCGACAACGACAUCAUCCGCAUCUUCUGCCUCGUCUGCAAAUAGUAGCAAUAGUUGCAAUACUCAUAGCAGUAGCAUAGACCAUAUUAGCAACGGACCACAACAGCUGCAGCAAAAACACGGGGGCCUGAUCAGCAGUACACAGAAGUUGCGCGGUCGAGGCGGUGCCCGCUCGGACGAAGAGGGCAACAAUAUACGAUUUCGCGAAUCGCUUACACUCGGCGGCGGCGGCGGCGGCGGCCUACGCGAUCUCAACCAGAAUAAUCGAGACACGAUGGAGAGAUCGGUGGCGCGGGAACAGCUCAGCAACCAACCGCAACAGCAGCUAAACCAUCAUCAUCCGCAGAACUUAAAUCUCAACAUGAAUUUGAACUCAAUGGCAAAUACAGUGGAUAGCUCAGGCAGUAGUCAUAGUGUAGUUGGGAGUGGCGCUGGUGGCGACAGGACUAAUAGUCGAACCCUUGAUGGCUUGCACCAUCGAAGCUCUCAUCCACAAAUGACGCAUUUUUCUUCGAAUGCGUCACACAAGUCACAGAAGUUCCUCCGCUCGGCCGAUGCGUUCAUCUCGUCACCAACAGACAACGAGAACUUUCUUCUUGAGCAACACCGGGAAAGUCGGGAUCGGGAUCAGCGCGAGAGGGAUCGCGAAGAAACGGUCAACAUUACCGACAACCUCCUAUGUGAGGUUGCACCCAGAGGAGUCAUGGAGCAGGACGGAACGGUCGCUUCAAACCUGCAUGGGACCACAACAAGAGCUGGAACUGGAAGUGCUUAUGGAUUUAAAGAAGGCCGCAACUCGGUGGGAGUCACUUUUAAGGCUAGUGAAACGCGAGAACGGAUCGAGAUGGCAGGCGGUCGGGAAGUAGUUUCGUCUGCAAAAAAGAGCUCGUCCGUCCGCGCCAAGAAGCAACGACGUGAACCGGUCAACUUAAUGGAUGACAACAAGCCACUCGGAAGCGAAGGAGUAUUAGACCCGCCGUCGACGAUGGCUGCCACGACCACUCUGCCGGAAUCCACCGCGAUUUCCAACGGAUCGUUGCUUGACAGGGGCGCGGAGCGGAUUAACCGCAUCGAAAGGGAACUGGUCGACGUCACGAGACAACAUCGUCAACUUCAACACCAUCAGCCGCAGCAAUAUCAAGCUCAACAACAGCAGCAACACGACGUCGUCUAUGAUGAUAUCGACGAUAGCGGUUUAAUGGCCCCUCCGUCUCCAACACCGUGCGCCCCCAUGCACGCCGGUGGCCUCAAUGGGAUCCAGGAGGAGGGCAGCGAAUGUUCCGAGCUACCGACGCAUGGCGGCGAAGGACUAGGUAUAUCUCGGGAUCUUUCUUCGCCAGGAGGUGUCCGGGUCGUAUCCGUUCUGCUGGGACCCUCACCGCCCCCACCUCCUCCUACGCUUCUGAACGGCCACUCGGCCAUGAACGGUGGAUCAUCAAUGAAAAGUCUAGAUGAAUUGUCGUGUAGCAAUUCGUGCGAUACGUCGACGUCGCAGGGUGACGAAGGAGUUGCACGUGUCAUCGGCACCGUGCCUAUCGCCCAAUACGAAGGAUCGCCGCGUCGUUACGGACGGCCUAAAAGGAGUUCCGGUCUACCCGGCUACCCGCAGAGGGUGUACGCGCCCGCCAAGGAGAAGACCAAUGACAAUAGCGACAGGCCAGACAGGUGUGAUCGAGAGCUGGAUCGGCUUGAGAGACAGCAGCAAGACGACGCUGACGACAAGGAUCUAAAAAAAGAAAAUGAAGCUGUCCAGUUGCUAAGUGAGCUGCUUAAUGGAAGUGUCAAGAACGAGAAGAAUGGCUCGCCUACCGAUUUUAACGAUCUGGACUACCGAUUAUCAUAUAGGCCAGUGACAGAUCGUGAACGUGAUCGCCAACAAACUCAACUCCAGCAGCAGCAGCAGCAACAGCACCAGGGCCGUGGCGAGAAUAACAAAGGCGAUCGAGGUGGUAGCUCGUAUGUUGCCCACCGGCUCGCAUCUCCUGUGAAAGAGACCCGCGCAGGGGACGUUGCGUGUCCAACCGGACAAGCGAGUCCGGGCGGGUCAUCUUGUGCACCACCAGUCCCGCCAAAAUUAAACCUUACUAGUGGCACGAGCCCUGAGGAACCUCAGUACACUACUAUACGUAAAGGAGGCCUCAAAGACCAUCAGGGGCCAACGCACGGCCACACCGACGCCAAGGAGAUGGUUAUGCUCCACGAAAGGGUGCAGCAGCACUCUCUUCAGGUAGACAUGGUAGGAGAGCUGGACGACUUCUUAGGAAUGGACACUUCAAUGCGUAAUCUGACCGUCUCGCCUUCGGUCUCUAACACAGACGACUGUAAUACUGUUGAUUCGGACGGCACCGAAGGAGAUCCGGACGAACUGCUUUCCAUGGCCAACUCUGGAGGAUCGCGUUUGAUGCCUGUGCUCGAGGACGGGCUAUCGUCGGGACAUGUCAGCGAGAACGACGACGACGAGGAUACAGGUACCACAGUUGGUUUAAUACACGGCGACCGGAAAAUGCGAGGUACCAGAAAUCGGGCAGUGCGAACAUCUGCGUUGUGCCGAGUUCAGAAAAGCUCGAAAGGGAACAACAGGUCUCAACGGCGGAACAAGACGCAUUCUGAAAUACCACCGUCAGCACCGUUACUUGUGGGCGGCAUUGGCGUCAUUGGUAGCGGUGGAAGCCACAUGGGUGGCCAGGCAUCCGUGUCCGAUGCCAUUCGCGAGAUUAAGCAGGCUAUCCAGCACUCGAAAGCGCAGCAACAACAGGUAAAGAAGUCUGCAGCUGACAGUGGCUGUGUAAGUCCAACGGAUAAGAGUCAACGCGAGCUUCGGGAGAUUCGUGACCGCCAAAUGGCAAACAGUAAUCAGCAAUUGCAACAGGCAGGCUCCCAUCAAUCGGGUAACAGCCAACCGCCUGUCUGGGUACCUCGGAUGAACAGUGGUUUUGCCCAUACGGGCAGUAACAGCGCGGGGACGAACGAUUCGACUCAGCAGGAGGAUGACUGCGAUACUGACCAGGAGACGGACCGGCUUCUGGGUGAGCAGAGAUCGGAGGAUAACGGCUUCUAUGACGAGAAGUCGCAGUCUUCGACGGGAAAUCCCAACUCCAACAGCAAGCAGAGGAAGACUAACAUUGAUAAUAACAAUCUCCGAACGACGACAACGACAUCGUCAUCCGUAACAGCGGCAAGUAACGGAAGCGGCGCUGCUGGCAGCAAUCAUUCGUCGACGAACUCCACCUCCAACUCGACGUCCAACUGUACCUCAACGAAUUCGAACCAGAGCAGUGCCAACUCGUCAAAUACCACGUCGAAGGAAGUAAUCAUCCACGACCCAUCAGUGCUAAUUGAGGGCGUCUUGUUUCGGGCACGCUAUCUAGGCUCGACACAGCUAGUGUGCGAAGGCCAACCGACAAAGGCUACGAGGAUGAUGCAGGCCGAGGAGGCCGUCGCUAGAAUCAAGUCACUGGCACCAGAGGGGGAGAGCCAACCGUCGACUGAGGUAGAUCUGUUCAUCUCGACAGAAAAGAUCAUGGUGCUGAAUACAGAUCUUAAAGAAAUAAUGAUGGACCACACAUUACGUACGAUCUCGUACAUCGCCGACAUCGGGGAUCUCGUCGUACUUAUGGCGAGAAGAAGGCCAGGUACUGAACCUGAGGACCUUCCAGGGACGUCCCCACCGCCGCACUGUUCUUCACAGCAGGGGGAGAUGAAGAAGAAGCCUAAGAUGAUCUGCCAUGUAUUUGAGAGUGACGAGGCGCAGUUCAUCGCUCAAAGCAUCGGACAGGCAUUCCAGGUCGCGUAUAUGGAGUUCCUGAAGGCGAACGGCAUCGAAGACUCGUCGUUCAUCAAAGAGAUGGACUACCAGGAGGUACUUAACUCACAGGAGAUCUUUGGUAACGAGCUGGAAAUGUUCGCCAAGAAGGACCGCCAGAAGGAGGUGGUCGUACCCAAGCAAAAAGGCGAGAUCCUCGGAAUGGUAAUUGUAGAGAGCGGCUGGGGCUCGAUGCUGCCCACUGUCGUCAUCGCCAAUAUGGCAGGCAGUGGGCCUGCAGCACGCUGCGGCAUGCUCAACAUUGGUGACCAAAUCAUCGCGAUCAACGGAGUGUCGCUAGUCGGACUCCCGCUUUCGACCUGCCAGACCUACAUCAAGAACACAAAACAACAGACGGUGGUCAAGUUGACCGUAGUCCCCUGUGCGCCAGUGGUCGAGGUAAAGAUCAAGCGGCCAGAUACCAAGUACCAACUCGGAUUCUCCGUACAAAACGGGGUCAUCUGCUCGCUGUUGCGCGGCGGUAUCGCUGAACGCGGCGGAGUACGGGUCGGUCACCGAAUUAUCGAGAUUAAUGGACAGAGCGUCGUAGCCGUCCCUCACGAAAAGAUUGUUAACCUUCUUGCUACUUCUGUUGGCGAGAUUCACAUGAAGACGAUGCCGACCUCAAUGUUCCGACUUCUUACCGGUCAGGAGUCGCCAGUCUACAUCUAAUGACCCACCCAUCUCUACUCCACUUACUCUGACAAUUGGUCGACACGAGUCAUGGACAAUGGAUCUAGUCAGCACUGAAAGACAGCACAAUUUUUGGUUGCGGUAUAAGCGGGGCGCUUGCGCCGGAACGAUACCAUUGCUCACCACAUGAAAAAAAUCAUCAUCUAAUCGAUGCUAACAAGAUGCUGCAGAGGGACACAGGAACGUAUAUAAAGUGUGUACGUGAAACUGCUUGAUGUCCGUGUCGUGCGGAUUCUGUUUGAAAAGAGCGGGUAACGGAGCUGCAAGUCGUUAUUGAUGAGCAAACAAAAAAAGCCUGAAGAAAAUAACCAGUAAUAGCCCCCGAUUGCCUGCGCCAAAGGAGGUUGAGCAAUUCAUUGACGUUGGAUGGGCUUCGUGCCUGCAAAGCUUCAGCGCGGCAACGUCUAUUAAUAUUAAUGAUACUAUUAUUAUGGCUAAAAUUAUAAUAUCUCUGCAUCAGCGUAGAUACCAAGCCGCUAACCAGCCGCCGUAAAGCAAGAAAUGGAUUUGAUGAAAUUUAAUAGUCGCCAGUGGUUCUCAGCGUAGCGCCUAUUACAUACAGUAUAUAUACAUAGAUAUAGAAACAGUGAGCAAGCAACCAAGUGAAUACAUGUAGAAGCUGCCUAAAUAAGAAUGCGAGUGAACAAAUGGACGUCACUGGAGCUCGAAUGGUCGGAUUUGAAUGGCAUUUCGAGCCCCUGGGAGAAGAGGCUAAAUGGGAACAGACCCAAAAUAAUACGGUAGUACCGCAAAUGGGCACGGAAAAGAAUCUCGAUAUAAUUAAUAUUCAGAAAAUAGAAUUAAAUGAACGAAUACAACGCAGAGUCAUUUGUACACAAAUUUAGAGAUAUAGGGCAAGAUUGUCGCGUUCGAAAAUGCCGAUGGUUUUUCGUUCAUGAAUUAGAAGCAAUGAUAGAUUUAGACGAGAGUCGAUAUUUGUCCAGUAGUAGGAGAAACAUAAAUAAAAUAAAUGUAGUAAUUUUCAUCUAAUGAAAAUUCACUUUGGACUAAGCUGCGUCUAAUUUCCCGAAACGAUAUUACAAAAUGAGGAACAGAUUAGGACCGGAGCAGUGACACACGUUCGUAUACUAUAAUAAAGCCGAUUUUAGUAUAACGGUACAUGGUCGAAAAUUUCGACAGCAGUAAAAAACUGAAUUGAGGGACAAGUCGUUGAUGAAGUAUUUUUAAAAUUUUUUUUCUGCGUUUACAUUUGAUCACAAGUACAACAUCAUCCAGAACGAACGAUAAAGUACUUGCAUGAGAGAUCAUACAAUCUAGUCAUAGUAUAUAUAUAGCAUAGCCUGGUUGACCGACAUAUCAUACGAACAAACCCCUGAUCCCAAUAUUCAGCUUUCUUAUUUAGCUUCCAGCCCAACAAGGCUCUACGAUGCCCUUUCUCUUGGCUUGUCGCGGCGUCUCAAUUGUUUCGAUCUAAACAAAACCGGGUUGGUACGUGGCACCACCCUCCUUUCAUUAUUUACAUUCAUAUUUACUAAAAUUAAGUGGUAACGUUUCCCAUGCUACGAAUGUUUGUUCUCGUCUGUUUACUGUGAAUCAAAGACAUUGCGUUCAUUGGCACGGAAAUUAUACGACUGUAGAACAAAUUACGUGACUAGUACGUGGAGCUAUCGAAUAAUACUGAAUCUCGGCAUACAAUAUGUAGCAAUAUUUUCUCCAUCCAAUGGAAGAUAUUCGUAAAAUGAAAUUAUUUUUAAAUUAUAUAUAUAUAAACGGUGAAGUGCGCGGUAGUGUUUUUCGGCCAGCAGAGCCAACCAACUUCAUUGCUUUCACUGUCCUAAUUCCGCUUCAAGUAUCGAAGUGCUAGCUACUUGAGCUUCAUGCUUGAUCUCACUUCUCCUAUUCUCACUUGAGAGUCCGCUUGGCCGCAGAAUAGGGACUUUAAUCCCGGCUUGCUAAUUAACUUGUCCGCCAUGGAUUACACUUGGAUUGCUGAUCAGAAAGUGGAUGAGCCACCCUCUACGCUUAAUUUGUGAACUGUUUUUUUGAAACAACGGGUCCAAGAUGAAUGAUAUUAACAUGAUAACGACGAUUCAGAUGUAGGACACAAUACACUGCUUCCGUCAACAAUAUCAUCAUAUUGUAGCAUUAUAUAUAAUUAUGAGCGAAGGGCCUUAACACACCUAGAUACCGGAAACUCAAACGCAGUCGCGUUACGACAGUGGAAUUAACAACAAGACCCAUAUUAUCAAUGAUGACCCGAAAGAAAAAAAAAACGCAGGAGACAUUG